CGGACGAGCUUUCUGACCGCGCGAGGGCUGGAUCCGACGGCUGGAUUCGUCGCUCUGCUGGGUGGCUUCCUUGACAUCAGCGAAGUUACCAAGGACUCCACGCGCCGGGUAUUUCAGAUAUACAAGCGAUGCGCACAGGUUGAUCACAUGACCACCAUUCUCCCACGCCUCGUCUCUGACAGUGACUCCCACAUGCGCGCUCUAGGCCUCAGGACAGACGAAAAAAGCACCUCGGCCAUUAUUGACCCCCAGAAGUUCCUCGGCCUCUUGAGCUACCAGCUCACACACCGCGCUUCGGGCGUCCACGACAUCGCCAAUGACCCGUCCCUGCUGCGCGAGACCUGGAGCGUGUACAUGCCCCUCGAGGACUCACCGUACAUUGAUAUCAUGCUGCCCUGGCUGCCCACGCCGUCCAAGCUGCGCAAGGUCUGGGGCUACGCGAAGCUGCACUUGACCGUGACCAAGAUUGCGCAGGAGCGUAAAGCCGCGGGGCGUACAGAGGAUGACAUGCUGCAGAUGAUGAUCGAGACAGACCUGGGAUCCAAGAUGCAAUCGGUCUCGGUCAUCGGCGCUGUGCUCGCUGGGGUUUUUAACACCACUUUCUCGACCGUCUAUAAUAUAUGCAGUCUAGCAAACGAGCCGGAGUGGCUCGACAAGGUCCGCACCGAGAUCGACACCGUCCUCGAGAGACGGCGCGCUCUAUCACCAAAUGCAUCCGAGCCACUAGUCGACACCUUGCAGAGGUUGUCAGUAUGGGACUGGGAGGCAUGCUUCCCGAUCCUGAGGGCGGCCAUCACCGAGAGCAUCCGGUUUACCAUGGCUGGGUCGGUGGUGAGGAAGAACAUCAGCGCCAGGGACCUUGAGAUCGGUGUCGGAGGCCUCGUCGUGCCGCCGGGCAGCCUUACCAUCCAUGCCACGGCCGAUACGCACAUGAAUGAGGCAAUCUAUCCGGACCCUCUGAAGUGGGAUCCCAGUCGGUUUCUUGGGGACAAGCACCAAGGCGAUGACGUGCCUCACGGGUACCUGGGUUGGGGGUCGGGGAAUCAUCCUUGUCCGGCUAGGAGGUUUGCGGAGCUGAAUGUGAUUGUGGCGAACGUGCUGUUCGUAGCCCACUAUGAUUUCCACGUCUGCGACAAAGUUGGUAAUCGCAGGUCUGGGCCACUGCCUCGUAUCAUCUACAAUCGUCAGGGGGCCGGACAGCUGGAGACAAACGUAUUUCUCAAGUGCCAGCGUAGGAUAUACGCGCCAGCUUGA